AUGGCAGAGAGGCACGAAACGAAGAGAUGGAAAAGAAGGGCUUUGGUGGAGGAGAAGGAGGAUGGAGGAAGAAGUACGGGGGAGACAGGAAAAGGGGGAGAGAAGGGGGAGGAUACGUGGAGGAGGGUGGAGAGAAAAUUAGAGGAGAGGAGGAGGUUAGUAGAGAGGAGAUUGAGGAACGUAUUGUGGAGAGGUGUAGAGGGGGAAGACGCGGAGGAGAGAGAGGAGUUCAUGAGAGGUAUAAUGAGGAAAGAAUUGGGGAGAGAGAUGGAAGUAGGCGAAAUAAUGGAGAGAGUCGGGGACGGAGGGGUGGUGGUGUUCGUGGAAAUGAAGAAGUUAAUAGAUAGAGGAGCUUUUGGGGAAAAGAGCGGAAAUGAAGAGGAGAUGGGGUAUAAGGGUGGACGAAGAUUUAACGUGGGAAGAGAGGAAGGUAAGAUGGAAAAUGAUGGAGAGAGCGAGGGAGAAGAGAAGAUUAGGGAAAAAGGUGAUAGUUGGAAACAGAAAGACUUGGAAGAAAACAAAGAUAGACGAGGGUCGGAGAAGGAGAAGGAGAGGAUGAGGAAAAGCGGGAUGAAAGGAGAAGGAGGACGGAGAAAGAGGCGAAGAGGAAUGAGAAAAAUGGAGAAAGAGGAGAUAAUGAAAAUACAAUGCAAGGAAAGGAUGGGCGGAGGAAGAGCAGAAAGGGAGGAAGGAGAAAGCGGAGGGUUAUGGGGAGAGGGGCCGUGGAGAGGAGAAAGGGCUAGAAUGUAUAGGGGCGCACAGGUCGGGUGGAAAGAGGGUACAUUUUUGGAAAUUAUAAAUGGUUUGGGCUAUGUCGCAAAAAAUGUUUACAAGUGGUACAAAGACUUGAAAGAAGGCCGAGAACGAGUUCAAGACGAACAGCGCCCCGGACGACUAUCAACAUCUACUGAUGAAAGCCACAUCAAGGAAAUCAAAGAUUUGGUGCUCGAAAAUCAUCGAUUGACAAUUAAAGACCUUGUUGAUGCUGCGGGCAUUUCAUUUGGAUCAACCCAAACCAUUUUAAAAGAUGUUUUAUGCCUCAAAUGCGUCAAAUCUCAAUUAGUUCCAAAAACACUCAAUUUUUUGGAAAAAAAGCGUCGCGUUGACAUCUGUGAAGUAAUGAUUUUUGACUAUCAGGACGUCAUGAAACGCAUCAUUACGGAAGAUGAAACAUGGAUCUAUGCAUACGACCCGGAAACAACCAAUCGAGCGAAUAUCGUGCAAAAGGUGAACUAA